GAAUGAAAUUGAAAAACUAAAUGAGAAAAUAAUGACGGAAAAACAUUGCGGCGAUAGCAUAAUGGAUACCUACUAUUCGCUGGUGGAGCAAUACAAAAGACGAAUCAAUGAACUUCAGGAACGUUUCGAUAACGAAUUUGAGGUAAUGGAAAAUAAGAACAAUUACAUUCAAGCCCAAAUAGAUAAGCUGCGAGAUGCAAAGAAAAUGCAUCUCCAAGAAAUUGAAAGAUUUCAUCGGGAAAUUGAAAAACGUCUUGAAAAGGAGGAACGUGAACGUCAGCUAGCGGAAUUGAAGAGACAGGAAGCUGAAGCCGAGGCCCUGGCUCUAUUGGAAGCGCAAAAAUUGAAAAAACGAAAAAAGGGCCAGAACAGAGGUGGACAAAAAUCCAAGCCACACUAAAAAAAAAAUAUUUCUAAUUUUUUGCUCAAAUAUGAUU